AUUAUCGAGAUCUAAUGAGCACGGCGUCGUUGAUGACGACAAAUUGAUGAAGAGUUUGUUCCUCUCAUGUCCUUCCCUCUCUUCCUCGUCGGUCCUAUCGGUCCUAGUUCGCUCACCGGAGGUAAGAUUUCUGUCGGUUAUGGUCAGAUCAUGGAGCCAGAGCAGAUUUACGAUGAGUCAUCGACGGAUAACGAACGUGAAGCCAGGAGGAAAUCGGUGAAUAAACGAUCUAAAGCGACGACGAAGAACGAUAAUCCGCCGGAAAAUGCUUCUACGAUUGGACUUGCGGAAGAAAUCGAUAUUUUGAAGAAACAGUUGCAUCCAGCUCGUAAGCCUGGGCGAUGGGAAACGGUAGCUUCGGCGUUUGGAGGAAGGUACAAGACAGAGAAUCUGAUUAAGAAGGUGAAAGCGAUUGAUGGAAGAAAAUCUACGAGAGUGAUUCUAUCUUGGUAAAUUUAUGCUUUGUUGGACAUCUAAGCUAAGAAAAUUAGCCUUUGUUGAUGGGAAUCAAUUUCUGAGUGUUGUAUAUACUCUACUUGUAAGAGAUUGUUCUUGGGUUUUGGAGACCUUUAGAAUUAUAUUUAGUUCCUACAUAAUUAAAUCGUGUUGGCACCU